AGAUCUGUGGGUGGAUCUUCCUCUUCUCCGCCGGCUGUUGCUUCAGUCAUACUUUCACAAACACCGGGCCGUUGUAUUAAAGUAUACAAUUGAUGCAAUCAUAUUUAUUUACAACAUCCGAGCGCGCGCACUUAUAUUUAAUAAUUAGUCUUACGUAGAAAACGUAAAGAUGGAUUUUAACGUGAAGAGACUGGCGGCGGACGCUGGUACUUUAUUCAGUCGGGCGGUGCAAUUCACAGAAGAAAAAUUCGGCCAGGCUGAGAAGACCGAGUUGGAUGCACAUUUGGAGAAUCUCCUCACCAGAGCCGAAACCACUAAACAUUGGACGGAGAAGAUUUUGAAGCAGACAGAAGUUUUACUGCAACCGAACCCAAAUGUCAGAAUAGAAGAAUUCCUGUAUGAAAAACUGGACAAAAAGGUGCCCACACGGAUGAACAACCAUGAGCUUCUGGGUCAGUCCAUGAUCGACUCUGGGAAUGAAUUUGGGCCUGGAACAGCCUACGGAAACGCUCUGGUAAAGUGCGGAGAGACGGAGAAGCAGAUCGGAGGAGCAGAGCGAGAGUUAAUUCAGAGCUCUGCCAUCAAUUUCCUCACGCCUUUCCGCAACUUUUUAGAAGGAGACUUCAAGACUAUAUUGAAAGAGCGCAAACUGCUUCAGAACAAACGACUGGACCUUGAUGCUGCAAAGACCAAGCUGAAGAAAGCCAAAAUGGCUGAUGCCAGAGCUCUGGCCGAGCAGGACCUGAAGAUGACACAGAGUGAGUUUGACAGACAGGCAGAAAUCACCAGGCUUCUUCUCGAAGGAAUCGGCAGUACGCAUGCCCAUCAUCUCCGCUGUCUAAAUGACUUUGUGGAGGCUCAGAUGACAUAUUACGCCCAGUGUUACCAAUACAUGGUCGACCUCCAAAAACAGUUGGGAAACUUCCCUUCGGGUUUCUCUUCCAACAACAACCAGUCGACGGCCAGCGGGGCGGCCAGCGUCUCCGUACCCAUCCUGCCGCUCACAGGCACUCUUCCGGCCAGUACAGCCAAUGCGUCUUCAGGUUUCACCGAGCUGCAAAACUUCAGCGGAAGCCGUAAAGCGCGGGUGCUGUAUGACUACGAUGCCGCGGGCAGCAACGAGCUCUCCUUAUUGGCUGAUGAGGUGAUCAUGGUAAGCAGCGUUCCAGGCAUGGACUCUGAUUGGCUGAUGGGUGAACGUGGGAAUCAGAAGGGAAAAGUGCCUAUCACUUAUUUGGAGCUGCUAAAUUAAGAGAAAGAAGUGGUGUUGGAGCCGAAAGAGAGAACGUAUAGUGUAUUCCAGCUGUGCUGCGUACCAUAUAUGCAACCCUGACGUCUAGUGCUGCUCACACGCAACAGUAUUUUAUCAAAUGUGACGUCUUGCAGUCCCAGAUGGGAAGAGGUUCUAACCAGACGAGUGUUUACAAAUGAAUUAAUGCAGAUAUAUUUUAGCUUUUGAUGUGACAUGCCAAGAAAAAAACAAGCAGGAGUGUCUUAUUUGAGUAUUUACAUGUGUUUACAACACGCAAGUAUUAAGACUGAUUGUCAUUUUUAUGAAUUUUAAAGUGGUUUCCGACCUUUACAUGAUUUCAUUUCAGGUUCUAGGACAUUUCAGAGGAAUUCUUGUAGAGUUGGAGACGUAAAUAUGCCAUAAUUUAUUUUCAGGGUGUCGUAUGCGGCCCCAACGUAGCUGACAUGUGCCUCGACUUUUAUCUUCUGCGGUUUACAUUUCUCUUGUUGGGCACACAAAGAAAAUGCUUUAUUUGCACGCAGACAGCCUUUCGUUUUAUGCAUUAUGAAACUGUCCUUUAUAUACAUGCAGUCUUCAUAAACCAUGUCAAGCAUACAUCCAGUUAUGAUACAAGUAUUCAAUUCAUGAUAAAAACAAAUUCUAUUUACUGAUAACUGUACUUUAUAUAUAUAUAUAUAUAUAUAUAUACCCAUGUGCCUUACAUUUGUCUUAGAUUUGAUGUUUUUAAACUGUUAAAGCAAAAAAAAGACAUUGUUGAGAGAUGAGUGCUAAUUUUACGCAUAUUGUGCCAUCCUUUAUUGAAAAUAAAAGCACAAUUGUUUUGUUUUCUCUGAUAUUUACAGUAUAACUGCAAAAGCAAAGGUUUUCUAACUGCUUAAAUUCUGUGAUUUACUACCAUAGAUUUAUAAACAACGGUUUUGUUACAUAAUAAAAAUGUGUAGAGUUUUUA